AUGACGAAUCCUCAGAGACUGACUGAGACAAUAACGUGCCCGCAGUGUCUCUUCAGCCCAAACAAACACAGUCACAGGCAGCAUUCCUCCGUCACUGUCCUCCAGCGCACCAAUGCAGCUCGGGAGCGUCAAGGCGGUUCAUCAGUGAUCUCCAAGGCGACGACCUCUGACCCCCCAACCCUCACUGAAGUGGUGACCUCUUGCCCUGAUACUGCUCGUGCUGAAUCAGCUGCAGUGUCUAGCAGUAGCAACAGAACCCAAAGCCUUCCAGAAACCAACAACAUCACAAUACUGGACAUACGAAACCCCCCGCCCCUGGACUCUCCUCCUCCUCUAACACCUCCUCUUCCCCCUCCACCUCCUCCUGCUGCAGACAGCCCCAACCUCCCAUUUCUGUCCCCUCCACCUCUGCUAUCAUCCAGACCUUUUUCUACCAGUCCUCCUCCUCCCCCCACACUGCCGCCUGCUGAGAGCCCCCAGCGCCCGAACACCCUGAACCUAAAGACGCUGCCACGGCCCACCGUCAAGGAGAACGGUGGCCCCCCGCCGGGGCUGGAUGAGGAAGAGGAGGAGAAGAAGAUGCUGGAGGAGGAUCUGAAGAAAUGCAUUGAGGACUUCAAAAAGAUACGCUUGCCCAGAGAGUUUCCAGAUCGCAAGAGGCACUGGCAAAGUGACUUGCUCAAGAAGUACAAUGCGUAGAGCAAUUUUCUGCUGCAAGGAUUUUACAGAAAAGUUGUGAGCAAUGGACUCCAGAUUUAUAUUCACGUUGCUUUGAGUCAGAAGUUUACUUAAACUAGUGUAGUAGCAUGUCAGCAGGGCUGAAUUGAGUAGUGCUUAGGCUGAGCUUGUCUAGCAGUCACACAUACACAAUUAAAACUCUUUUCCCAUCAAACAACAUCCCAAUAGAGAUUCUUAGUGACACAUCUUUGUUCCACACAGCUAUUUGGAGACUUUAAAAAUAUUUUAAUCAUUUUAUUUCCACUCAGUCAGUGGAUAAUGGAUGUAAUGUCUUUAAUUAGAUUUCUACCCUGCUCUCUGUACUGUAUCCACUGAUCAAACAACUGGGAAAAUGUGAGCUAAGUGUGAAAUUUUAGGCGUUUGACCUUGCUGAUGCAAAAUAAAAGAAAGAAGUGAAAUCUCUGGUAAUAAUCAUCUAAAAUAUCUCACCUCAUCAAUAUUAACCGUCUGACUUCAAAGCCUUUCUUCUCCCUAUGCCUGUGAUCCAAAAGCUCUGCAGUUUGGUUCAUUUUGUGAUUACAUUAUCUUCAAGCCAGCAAUGGAAAGAAUUCAGAGAGAGAAUGCGCUGUACCG